AUGUCUGGUCGCAAACCCGACAUCGAAGCUACAGAGCCUGCCUUCUCAUCGUCAGGUAGCAGCAAGUCCGACCUUGGUACUACACAGCACCACGAACAUACCGGACCUGGUCAGCACCGACAAGCUUCCGUUGCCGCAAAGCUUCGAAAUCCAUUGGCAGGUCUUAGCGAAGAACAGGUUAUAGCCGAUGUAGACGCGUGGUGUGUUGAAAAGGGCCUGCAAGCGGACCAGGACGCGUUUCGCAAGGGCGCGCUCAUCGCUCGAGUAGGGCAAAGAGACGAUGGCUUCGAAUAUGUCGAUCAACUGUCGACAGAAGAGAAAGAUUUACUACGGCAUGAGAUCAAUCAUCGAUGGUCUCAGCCUAAAAUGCUGUACUUCUUGGUUGUACUCUGUGCUGGCUCUGCCAUCGUACAGGGUAUGGACCAAACAGCCGUCAACGGCGCUCAGGGAUUCUACUUUGAGGAAUUCAACAUCGGACCGGACCAAGUCUGGCUUCGAGGUCUGCUUAAUGGAGCCCCGUAUCUCUGCUCUUGUCUCAUCGGUUGCUGGUCCAAUGCGCCUCUUAACAAGUAUUUCGGACGUCGUGGUACCAUCUUCAUCUCCUGUAUCAUUUCCUUCAUCACCGGUAUCUGGAUGGCAGCUGCCGAUAGCUGGCCAAAUCUCCUCGUGGCGCGCUUCAUGCUCGGUUUCGCGGUUGGCGCAAAGUCAUCGACAACUCCUGUCUACGCAGCCGAAUCUGCGCCCAAGACCAUCCGUGGAGCACUUACCAUGAUGUGGCAGAUGUGGACGGCAUUCGGAAUCAUGCUGGGUUUCAUCGUUUCCGUUGCAUUCCAGAACGUGACGAUUAUUGGCGGACCAACUUCUCCAUGGAGGUGGAUGUUAGCCUCCACCAGUAUUCCUCCAAUGAUUGUCUGCAUCCAAGUAUACUUUUGCCCAGAAUCACCGCGCUGGUACAUGGAGAAGGGCAAGUUCGACAAAGCUUUCCACGCACUUUGCCGACUGCGUAAGCACAAGAUACAGGCUGCACGCGAUAUGUACUACGCGUACAAGCUUCUCGAGAUCGAGACCGCUGAGCGGGAAGGUAGGAAUGCGUUCAAAGAGUUCUUCACUGUCCGUCGCAAUCGUCGCGCCGCACAGAGUGCUUUCUUUGUUAUGUUCAUGCAACAGUUCUGCGGAGUCAACGUCAUCGCCUAUUAUAGUACCGCGAUCUUCGAAGAAGCUGGCUUCACGACAUCCGAGGCUUUGCUUACGUCUAUGGGUACUGGCAUAACGAAUUUCCUUUUCGCGAUCCCAGCAAUCUAUACGAUUGAUACCUUUGGACGAAGGAAUCUACUACUCACCACAUUCCCACUUAUGGGUCUUUGUCUUCUCUGGUGCGGAUUAUCCUUCUACCUACCGGAGAACCCCGAUGGCACACCAACUCAGCAACGUCUUGGUUCAAUCGCCGCUGCUAUCUACACAUUCAUGGCUGUCUACUCGCCUGGCGAAGGCCCAGUGCCCUUCACAUACUCGGCCGAAGCGUUCCCGCUUCAUCUACGCGACGUUGGAAUGUCUUUCGCCACUGCAACAUGUUGGGGAUUCAACUUCAUAUUGUCCCUCACCUGGCCUGCCCUUAGCGCCGCUUUCACGCCGACUGGUGCGUUCUGUUGGUAUGCAGCUUGGAACUUCUUUGGUUUCUUCUACGCCUACUUCUUCCUACCAGAGACCAAGGCUCUUACUCUGGAAGAACUCGAUACUGUUUUCGACGUGGGUAACCGCCAGUUCUCGGCCUACUAUAGUAAGAAGUUGCCAUGGUACUUGAAGAAACACGUUCUACGUCAGGAUGUUGCGCCAAUGGAGCCGCUUUUUGAGUUCCACGAGACAGGCUCCCGUGCUGACUACGUUAAUGAACCUAUUGGUGGUGGCGGUGGAGCUGGUGCGGUGGAAGACAAGAACAUCGUAGAGAAGGACGAGGUGACCAAGAUGUGA